AUGGCCGGAGCCCGACCUCCCCUGUACAUGCUCCUUUGCCGGCCAGCAGCGACGGAGGCGGGCAGCAGCCGACGCGAACACCACGAGCAGCGGCACAGGCACGCUGCACGGGCCAGCAGCGACGGCAGCUCGGCUGGACAGGGUCAGUGCGGGGCGGCGGCGGGGCCGGGAGGCGGUGGCAACGAGGCGGGCCAGCGAGCAGUGGCGGGCGGCGGAGGCGGGCGGCGGCCUAAGGACCCGGCGGAGGCCUACAUGGGCAGCCGGACCGCCGGAGGCGCCGAAUCCCACCGCGGCUGCCUCCCGAUUCGGUGGCGCCCGGGCAGCUGCGAGAUGGCUUCCAGCGAGGGAGGCGACGGGGGCGAGGGCGGCGCUGGCGAUUUGGGGGGCGGUGGCGGUGACAUCGGCGGGGAUUUGGGCUGUGGCGGCGGCGGAUUCCGGCCGACUGGUGUUCGGGCGGGCGGGCGGGCGGGCGCAGCUGUGAAAUGA